AUGAUAUAUGGUUCGAUGGCACAUCGCACAUAUCUAACUGAUGUCCAACAACUCUACCGGCUGAUUGAGACGUCUACAAACGGUCAGGCGUCCAUAAUUUCGGUCGAUGAAAUGUCAGUGUUGAUCUCGCUUCAUCCCAAAUCUGGUUACAACGCGCACGCUGAUUUUGCUGUGGAAAUUCAAUGCUCCAUGUCAUAUCCGAGAGACUGUCCACGGGUGAAAUUUAAAUCACCAAUCUUCCACCCCAAUAUCGACAACUCAUUUGGCAGCGUUUGUCUAAACCUGCUUUAUGCUUGGGUUAGCUCCUUCAAUCUCCUUACUGUGGUAAAGGCUCUUCUUUACCUCAUCAACAAUCCGAACUUUGAAUCGCCAAACAACACGUUUGCAUGCCUGGAUAACAGAGACCUAUUGGAGAAGAAGACUACGCGGUUAUUGGCUGGUCUGCCUGUGAAUGGUAAACGGUUUGCGCCGAACCAGGCUUGGUGCAAGUGGGCGGAGGCCCAUGGCUGCCUUCCGAUUGGUGAGGAAGAGGAUGAUGAAGAUGACGAUGAUGCCGGUGGUGAGGAUGUCUGUGAUGUCGCUGCUUCUUCAUUCGAGGAAGGUGACAGUGCAGAAUGGGACGAUGGUGUAGCCGUGUUCGGUGAAAAUGUCCUUUCCUUUGCUAACAUUCGAUUCCCCAUUGAUUCAGACAUAGAAUCACAAUUAUCGGUUUUCGAUGAACGCCAAUAUGCAAAUAAGCUGGUUGAAACCCAGCGCAUUGUAAUUUGGCCUCCCGCUAAUAGUCCUAAGGCAAAUAUCCCCUCAGUAUUCUACUACUGCGAACUUGUCUGUGAUGGCUUCUAUCAGAAUGAACUAGUCAAACCUGACAACAGAUCGUUCACUGACGAUAGUGUGUUGCCCAUGCAAAGCCAUCUCGAAUCGAGGCAAAAAUCUAGUCUUUGUCCAUGGUACAGCUUCUACCGACAAGAGCCCUCUUGCUUUCACUCGAAUUUCACUUCUGUAAUCGACCUGAGCUUCCUGUUUCCUAAAAAGAUUAUUACGGGGCACCAUUUGACCGAUGACUUUUGUCCGUGGUCACAUUUGGAUGGGAGAGGUACUACGGGCAUCCUAGGAGGGCUGUUUUCAGACAGACGCCAACGACGCCGAAACUCGACUGGGAGAACAUCUACAGAAAACGAUGUAGGUGGCCAUGAAAUGGCAUUCCUGUUCAACACCAGUGAUGAUGGGAAUGAGGACGAAUUCGCACAUUUAGCAAACGUAGAAGAAGAGAAGGCGGAAAAGGACGAUGUGUACAUGCAGAUUCAGAAAAAAGGGGAUUUGGAGGAGAUGGAAGGUGUUGAUUUGGCCACUCUUAUAAAGCCAGACGAAGAGGACUUGACAGUGGAAGAAGAGAUUGUGUGGAAUGAAGAAGGCAAAAAUGAAGUGGGAGAAAGUGUGGAUGCUUUGGAUUUCGAACGCAAUAUAAAUGCACUCGACGCCGAAAACGUGACUGCACUGCGUCAAGCUAAUUUCGACGAACAAACGCUAUCAACCGCGUCGGCAAGCCCUUGCCAUUGUGAACCACCUGAGGACACUUUCUUGAGAAAUUAUAAGUACAUCACUAAUGACUACAGCCGGGCCGCGGAAAUGAUUAACGUAACAAUGGAGCCACGGUGGUUCUGGUUCUUCCGUCAGACACGUUGGCCAUUUCGAUUGGCACCACGGCAAACUGUGGACCUGUUCAUGCAUGAAAUUCGAAGCCCUUCAUGGCGAGCGAGUGCUGCACGUCUUCUCUUGGAUAUCACCAGGUUUUGUGCAAGGAACCCCGAAAUGAAGAAUCUUAUUCUUCUCGACCCCAUGGUGAGUUUUGUCUUUAGUGUGAAUUUCCACUGA